AUGCUGAUAAAUGGCGAGAAGUAUGCCUGCGAUGCGUGUAUUCGGGGUCAUCGCGUGAGCAGCUGUCAGCACCAUGAUCGACCGUUAAGUCACAUCAAUAGAAAAGGUCGUCCCGUGUCGCAGUGUCCGCAUUGUCGGGGUUUACGGAAGUCUCGAGCAAGCCACGUCAGCUGUCAAUGCGCUGAGAAACCGCACACUAAAGGCGAGUGUAAAAACGGGCCAGCAGAGAAGGGAAACCGCAAACAGUGCUGUUGUAGCCAUGGCAGUCGCUGUGUCUGCUCCGCCAAACGAGACUCCAACCUGGCCACCGUACCCGAAGUCGGACCUGCUCCUAGCCAGAAGACUAACUUCCAGGUCAACCAGUCUGUUUCGAAUGCGAAAAUUGAAUCCUCGAUUGUGUCGCAUCGCCCCAAAGUGAAGCACAACAACACAAGCAAGCGUGCUCACCCGUAUCCUAUGCCCAGAUCGCACACAAUCCAGUCCCCUGUCGAGUUUGCCCGUCGCUCUGCGGACAACCUUCCUUUACCGGAAGACCUGGGGAUUUCAAGCAGUGUCCCGGCUCAUGACUCCAUAACAAGCGCACCCCGCCAUCCUCGCCGGGCUAGGUCUGAACACGGCUCACCAGUUCUCGGUCUUGCCGGCUUGAACACUCAAGCUCCGCUAGAGAUGCCAUACUCCACCUUCGAUCAAGCAAGCUUACCGUCUCCAGCGUUUGAUUAUCUGCAACAGUGGACAGGCCUUUAUUUUCCAGAUGCCGAUUUGACAGCUGAGGCUGCCAGCCUCGGACCCCCGUCCGUCGACUGGUCCACAUUUGAUCUUGCCUAUGGUUCAGACUCUCUCACGGCAACUUACAGCCAGCCUCCAUCUUACGCCAGUUUCGACUAUGCCAAUUUUAGCCAUCCUGAAUUAUCUAGAUCCUCAUCUCAUGAUACUUCUGAGUCCGAUGAGUUUGGCUCGAUGGGCAUUCCAAUGCAGGCGACUAAACCUCUCCGACUUCAUAUCCCUACUACGAGCGAUGGUUCAGAAACGGAUGCAUACCAUCUCAGCGCCUCACCGUCCCAUAUUGACAUGCCCCAACCACGCAUAUUAGGACCAAAUCAUGUGGAUUCUCUGGAGUUAGAUCUGUUUUGGCGAGCAAGCGAAGGCCUAAGCCAUCCAUCUCCUCUAGCCACUGUCCCCUUAGCCCCUGAAUUGCAACAUUACGGUUUGCCGCAGACAUUUGUGUCGCAACAAACGUCGACUCCUAUUGAUAAUGUUAUUUCGCUCGAUACCUCUGGUGCCUUUACAACCGCUGAAUCUAGUGAUCCCAUCUGGAUCCCGAGUGCAUCUCCUUUUCCGCCGCUUCUUUCUCCAAUCCCGAUGGAAGCAGGUCGAGGAACGGAGCAGAAUCCGUGGUGA